AAAUAAACACAAUCUAUAAACAACUAGUGCGCGCGAACGUUGACUUAAGCGUUUUGGUGUUCAAAACUUUAAUUUUUUUUUAAUUAGACAAAUCAAAAAAUAAAAGAAAUUAAAUCUAAAAAAAUAGUUUACUUUUAGUUAAAAUAAACCAGGAUUUAAAAUACAAAAACAAAACACAACAACAAUUGUGUAACACCAAACCCCAACCCCCACUUUUUCCAUACAACUUUCAUAAUCAGUUAAAAAAAAUUAUGUCACGUUGUAGCUGUUUAGCAUAUGGCCUAUUGGCCACUUUACUAUUUGCCGUUACGGCAGUAAAUUGUUCACAAUAUUCCUCCAAUAUGUUCCUGAAUGGUGAAUAUCAAAAUGGUUUAUUAAGUCGACACGAUGAAGACUUUAGACAACAAAGUCCGGCAGCAGCCUUUCUCUCGCUGAUAAGCAAAAGAGCCACACCCUUUGUGGGUCAACAGUAUUUGCCCACUUUGCUAGAGUGUCGUGGACGUGGUCAACAGUGUGUGCCUAAGGAUCAGUGUGUUAAUGGUUAUUUUACACAACAAUUGCCCAAAGUACAGAAUUGUGCCCCUGAAGAAAAUGUAUGUUGUACUUAUAAUCCCCCCACACCAGCUCCAACUCCAGCUCCCACUACACCAAAACCUUUUAUUACUUGUUCUGCCUAUAUGGCCUGUGUAGCAGCCCGUGAUUGUCGCAAUGGUGAAAUCCUUAGCAAUGCUGUUGUUAAUUUAGAGACCAAAAAAUGUUAUGAACCUAGUGUAUGCUGUGGUAUUCCUUCUACUAUGUUAACAGAAGAUGGCUAUGUUUUGAAGACUCCUCCCAGUCCAUUCACUUAUCCACAACCUUCUCCCAACAGUCCUACAACACCGGUUAAUAAUGAAUACUUGCCACCUAAGCCUUUGACACCAUCACGCACACCGCAGCCUCAACCUCAGCAGCCAAGACCCCAACCUCAACCUCAACAAACUCAACCCAGACCACAACCUCAGCCAAGACCUCAACCUCAACCAAGACCUCAACCCCAACAACCUCAACAACAGCCACAACAACCUAGACCACAAGCUCCAGCCUAUACCAAUGAAGUAAAACCUCAGCCUGCUCCAGUGCCCACUCCUCAGGCUCCUUCUACUAAUAAUCAAUAUUUGCCACCUGCCCCUCAACCUGCCAGACCUACCUACAAUCCACCAGCACCUCAACCGACACAAGCACAACCUGCUAGACCACAAUAUACUCCACCAGCUCCUCAACCCACACAACAACAACCUGCCAGACCUCAAUACUCACCACCAGCUCCUCAACCUACUCAACAACAACCUGCCAGACCUCAAUACUCACCACCAGCUCCUCAACCCACUCAGCAACAACCCAAACCACAAUAUUUGCCUCCUGCUCCACAACCUUCUCAAGCCCCUAUCAGACAACCACAACCAGCUCCAGCUAGACCCACUCAACCACCACGCAGAAUACCCUCUACCACACCACCCAAAUAUUUGCCACCCGUUGGUCCUAAUCAACCCAAAUACAAUGGAGACCGUGAUGUACAAUCUACAAAUCAAGAUAAGAAUGUUUAUCAACAAAAACCCGCCCGCGGUGAAGAUCAAUUAUCGCCACAAAUUUUCCCACCAGCCAAAUAUACUCCCAACCAACCUCAAUUCCAAGAACAAGCUGCUCCAGCUCCCGCUAAAUGUGCUUCUGCUUUGGUUUGUACUGCCGAAAACUAUUGCAGUUCAAUUGGUGUGAUCAGUGAAACUCCUGUGGAAAUAACACCCUUCCGUGUACCCUUGACCGAUUGUAUUAUUGAAGGCAGCGGAGCUGCUGGUAAAUGUUGUCGUGAUCCCAACUAUGUUGAUCCUUGGCCAGUAAAUUUGGCUGGUGUUUGUGCCACCAGAAAUAAGAAUACUAAACCUCAAGGUGUUAAGGAUAUUGAUGCUAACUUUGCUGAAAUCCCAUGGCAAGCUAUGGUACUUAAAGAAUCUACUAAGUCAUUGUUGUGCGGUGGUGCCAUAAUUGGUGAUGGUGUUGUUUUGACCACAGCUUCUUGUGUACAAAAUGUUGCUGUUAAUGAUAUACGCGUUAAGGCCGGUGAAUGGGAAUUGGGUAGCACUAAUGAACCUUUGAACUUCCAAUUGGUGAGUGUUAAGAAUGUAGCCAUACAUCCCAAGUUUGAUGCCAAUACUGGUUCCAAUGAUAUGGCUGUUUUGCACUUAACCGAACGUUUACAAUUCGCCUCCCAUAUACAACCCAUUUGCAUUAGUGAUAAGGAUCCUAGUCCCUCGGAAACUUGCAUUACCACUGGUUGGGGCAAACAAGCUUUAGCUAUACAUGAAGAGGGCGCCAUUAUGCAUGUUACCACCACCAAUCCUGUGUCACGCAGUGAUUGUGGUGCUGAUGCCACUGGUGUUUGCAGCACCACCAACUUUGAUGCUUGUCAAUUUGAUUCCGGCAGUGCCUUGGCCUGUGGUACUGGUUCCAGUGUCCUGCUUAAGGGUAUUUACAGUGUUGAAAAUGCUUGCGGUGAGGGUCAAGCUGUACGUUUCAUUAAACCCGAUGUAGCCUGGGUUAAUAUGCAAUUUUUGGAAAGAAGUAAACCUCUUCUAUUGAGAGUGUAAAAUAUUGUAAUUAUUUUUAAAUUAACACGCCACAAAAAAAACUAAAUCAGUCUGACAAAAAAAAAGUGUUAAGUGCUACAAAAACAAAAAAACCAGAAUAUAGAAUUUAGUUUUUUCCCUUCCUGAUUUCUUUUCUCACUCAAAAAAACUCACAGCUAAAUUAUUAAAUAUUUCAUAACAACAAACACCUACACCCUUCUCACACAUACCAAUACUGUCCUCAUUCUCUUUAAAUAUCAUAUGAAAACGUUCACCAUAAAAAAACCCCCACACACACACCAACCUGCCUUUAGUUCUUUAAAUUUUCUUCCUGC